GGCGGGACGCCGGGUUCCCCCACAGAACGAACGGGAGAGACCGCUCCUUCUCUCCGCCUCUUGGGCCCAGCCCCGGUCCCCUCCCCAUCGCCGCCACCCCAACCUCUCGAGAUGGCCACCAAGAAGCCGUUGGCCCGGGACUGCGGGUCGGACAGCGACGAGCUGAGGAGCGGCCCCGAGGAUACCAUGCUGAGGCCCAGAUUUGACCUCCAGGAGGCCACCGGGCAUAAACUGGAGAUGCCGUCCGCGGUCAAGGCCGUGCUCAGUAGGAUCGAGACCGCCCAGCUGGUCCGGGUCAAAGAGAAUAUCGCCAGAGAAAUGUCUGACAUCGUAAGCAACGUCAACCGUGUGAUCGAGCGUUACAGAGACUACUCGAGCCCUGAUUUUCUGACCGGAAAGGAGUUGUCCAGCUUCAUGGCGGACAGGAGGAAAAAGAAAACCUUUUUAAUACAGAAGAUUGGCUUCCUCGACGAGGCCAUGGAGAGCAAAAACCAGGUCUUGCAGGAUAUUUACGAAUGGCUGGUGGAGUGGAAUGUCAUUUUGUCGGAGGAAACCAAAGAGGCCCUGGGAGAGGAAGAGCAAGACUGGGUGGAAGCCAUGGAGAAGACGCUGCCUCUCUCCCUCAUGGCCACGCAGGGCAGCGUCGGCUCCCUCAGCUCCCUCUGCUCCUACUUAUUAGCGGAGCAUAAAAGGACGAAAAAGAAACUCAUAACCAAGGGAAAGCUGUGGAAAACCUGGAAGGAGAAGAGCCUCCGUCGUAAAUCGGUCUCGGCAAUUCAGGCCCUGAGCCCGGCCCAGAUGGUCAGAGACGAGAAAAUUCUGAACAGGAAGGUUUUGGAAGUCCGGGGGAUGCUGCAGGAGCUGGUGGGGUCCGCCAUGUUCAACAAAACCGAGGUCCACGCCAUCCAGUACAUGUCUGCCACCGUGGACAACCUGACCAAGGCCCUGGAGCUUCAGAAGCAGGAGAUGGCCCGCCUGCAGAACCAGCACGCCAUCUGGGAAGCGGAAAUGGAGGAGAACCACAAGACCCAGUGUCUGUCUUUCCAGCAGGCGGUCCAAGCCCUCAUCCAGAAGAAAGGCGCCCUCGAGAAGCAGGUCCAGAACAUGGAGGAAAAAUACAAGCAGGCCCUCCGAGCCAAAGAUGCCGUCCAGCACAAAUUGCAGGCGGAGGCCAUCGAAGCCGCCUUGCUGAAAGACGAGGAGAAGUGGCCCAAGGUCAGGGGCUCCCUGAAACUCCAUCCCGGGACUCCCAGAGGCGUCGAGGAGGAGGUGGAGAAGAAGGCAAGGCCCAGGAAGGUGAUGCCGAAAACCCUGAAGAGAUCUGACCGAGGCGCGGAAGGGGGACAGGUGGCGGAACGUCCGCCCGAGGAGGGGUUGAGGUCAGCUUUCCGAGAAUCCCCCAGGGACCAAAGGAUGGGAGGGAUCGCUCUGCCAUCGGCGAGCCCGCCGAAAGACCUGAAGGAAGCGGGGCCCCAUCCCGAGGAGGAACGGGGGGUCUCUGAGGGACCAGGCAGGGGUCCGAGGGAGACGUGGGCCGGGGGCGAGGAGGACAAAAAGCAACCUUCCCUGGGCACGCUCUCUGAUAAGGCUCGGGUCUCAGAGGAGACGGAAGCCACGCCAUCUCAGGCGGCCCUCACCGAGGAGGCCGAGACGGAGCCGGGUUCCAACGUCCCCAGCGUGUGGGAUGAGGAUGAGAGCGAGGGGCCCGGGGCCUCUUGGGAUUCAGACCUCGGGAGCCGAGACUGGGAAGACAUCGUUGCCAACCUUCCCAAAUUGAGAGGCCCCAGACCCCCAGGGGACACGGCCCCUUCCUCCGUGGGCACCGGGGAAGACUCGAGCGUGGCCAGUUUCGAGGGUCUGGGGAGACCACCCAAGCCCCAGGGCCCAAGGGGAAAGGGCCAGAAGCAGAAGGGGGCCCCGCCCAAGGGCGAGGGCAAAGCGAAGCCAGGGAAGGACCGGGGAACCCCAGACGGCCGCGACGAGCUGGACGUCCUGACGGAUUUCCAGCGGGCCUUGAUGGCUUUUAUCCAGAGGAAGAUCGAAGAGCUGGGAAAGGCCAAGGAGCUGGGAAAGGCUAGGGAGCAGGAGGGCCAGACGGAGAGCGGCGUCCCGCUCAGGAACUCCAAGGCCCAAAAGCUCUUCGAGAUCACCAAGAACAAGAUGGAGGAAUAUUUCCAGAAAGUGAUGGAGGUGUUGAUGGCCGCCAUGAAGCAGCCGCAGUCGGGCUGGCGGGCCGUCCGGGCCGGAGAGAAGCGCAGAGGAGCCGAGGGGAUCCCACCCGCCCCGCGGGGAACAGGGAGGCUGAAGGGAGGACCCGCCGGACGCUCCCCGGGACCCCCUGGAGCAGACAAGAUGGAGCCAUGGGUGGCCACGGUGUUCCGGGUGCUCCAGAGGGAGGCCGGAAGGCCGGCGGACUCUCUGCUCCCCUGGGAGGCGGAGGAGGGCGGGAAGCCGGGCGAGAGCAAGCCGAGGGGCCCGGGAGGGAAGCCUGAGGCCCCCGGGACCGAGCGUGGGGAGAGGAGAAUCGCGGGCAAGGCCCUGGGGCGGUGGCAGCAGCAGAAAGGCCAGCUGGGGCAGCAGGCGGCACCAGGGCAGAAGGGGGCGAGGGCCCGUCUGCAGAGGGAGCGGCGCAGCCUGGAACCCACGGAGAAGAGGGCCAAAGAGGAGGAGGAUGACGAAUGGAAGACGGAGGAGGAGGAGGAGGAGCCGAAGGACAAGGCGAACCUGGAGGAGAAGAAGGAGGAGGAGGACUACCUCUCCACGAGGUUCCUGCCUGAGCUGGCCCCCAGCCGCCUGCCGACGAUGCUUCUGUCAACUCCGCUGACCACCCAGAAGCAAGGUGUCGGCAGGGGCCUCGGCCGGGCCACCCGGCUCAGGAGAUCCUCCCGUCCCCAGCAGGCCCGGGGCUCUGCGGCGAAGGCCCUCAGGAAACUCAUGCUUCUGAACCAAAAAGCCCACGCGCUGCUCCCGUCCCCCACCACGAAGAAGGACCAGGAGCUAUCGUACUUCAGCCCGGCCUCGUCCUUGGGGCUGCAGGCCCCCAAAACCCGGGCCCAGGAGGUCCCCCUCCCCUCCGACAGACUCGGCGAGGAGCUUGACUCGGCCGUCUCCGAGAAGCCCCGGGUCGCGGACGUCGCGGCCUUGGCCAAGGGACCCCAGAAACCGGGGCGCCCCCUCUUGUCUGAGAAGAUGCAGAAGAUGUGGAGUCCGUACGUCACCAAGCCACCCCGGGAGGGGGGCCCGGCUCUGACCGCAGGCCAGCCCCAGACCACUGACUUCCCUACCCUCGUUGGACAGGUCUGGGGAGCGAUCCCUCCCUCCACCACCGGCGACCAGCCCCCGGCCUUAAUUGGUCGGGUCUCCAGGACGCAGCCCCAGACUUCGCUCCCUCCUGUCCCCGGGGACUCCCGGACGUCGCUCCCUCCGGUUCCUGUUGAAUCCCAGGCGUCGCUCCCUCCUGCACCCGCACAGGACCGGAUAUCGCUCCCUACAGACCCCGUGGAUAGCCAGAGGCUGGUCCCUCUGGUGCCCAGAAAGCCCCGGACAUCGCUCCCUACAGUUCCUAUGAAACCCCGGACCUCACUCCCAGUGGUUCCCACAAAGCCUCGGACAUCGCUCCCUCCGACCCUCACGGGACUCCGGGCAUCGUUUCUUCCGGCUCCCAAGGAGGCCGAGACAUCACUUCCUCCGGCCCCCACGGGACCCCGAACACCGCUCCCUCCAGCCCCCACGGGACCCCGGGCAUCCCUUCCUCCGGCUCCUACAGAGCCCCAGAUUUCAGUCCCUGCGGCGGUCCUCACGAAGCCCCAGACAUCACUUCCUCCAGCCACCACGCAACUCCGGACUUCACUCCCUAUGGCCCUCGUGGAGGCCCAGACUUGGCUCUCUCCGGCUCCCACGGAGCCCCAGACAUCGGUUCCUCCAGUUCCCCCGGAUCCCCGGACGGCCCCUCCGAAACGGCUCCAGACAUCGCUCCCUCCAGCCCCCAUGGAACGGCCCCAAACGUGGCUUCCCACAGGCCCCCCACCGCCCCGGACCCGUCUCCCUCCGGCCCUUCGGGCCUCACUCCCUCCGGCCCCCUCGGUGCCAUCUGCCCAACCUCUGUGGCCCUGGCAGGCACCCAGCCUUGCCCCCGCUGACUCUCGCUCGGUCAGUCCUGCCCCUCCCAGGCCGUCCGGGGCGGCGGCUGCCCCCGCCGCUCCCCGGAAGCCGUGGCUGCUGUCCCUGCCGGGCUUUUCCACGCGACUCCGGACACCGGACAUCCCGGUCAUCACUAAACAUCCCCAGAAACUGGUGGCUUCGAUCCCCGCCGGCCGGCCCGGGCGCUCUCCCGGCCCCGCCCAUCUUGGGCGGCCGAGGCCGUCGGAUCACCCCGCUCCGACGGGGUCGUCCCAGGAAUGGGUUCGGACCGGCCCGGUCCGCCCGUCCUGGGGAGCAGCCUCUCCCGCUGCCGCUAAGCGGCCCCAGAAACUGGCCGCUCUCACCCCCACCCUGCGGCGCCUACAACUGGUCCCUCCGGUCACCGUCAAGAGGCCCCGGACGUUGGCCCCUCCUGCCCCCGGUGACCGGUCCUGGACCUCGGCCACUCCGGCCCACCCUGGGCAGUCCCCAACGUCAUUCCCUCCUGCACCCGGUGACCGGUCCCGGCCACUGGCCACUCCGGCCCCCAGCGACCAGUCCUCCACUGUAGCUCAUCAGACCCCUGCAGACACCCUCGGACCGGACCAGGUGCGGGCGUCCCCUACCGCGGCUGAGAAGGCCAAGGCCCUGCCGGCCUCGCCUCCGGACGGGACCCAGUACUGGGUGGACGUGGGGGCCCAGCGCUCGAACCUGGUGCUCCUGAAUCAGCCCAGGGUCAACGCGGAGCUGCCGAGGCCUGCCUGGGUCAUGGCCAACGACCUCAUCGUGGAGACCCUGCGCACCGACGAGGCCCGGCUCGUCCACCUCUGCAGGAAGUACAUCGCCUACCGGACCAUCCAGGGCGUCAGGCAAAACCUCGGCUGCCGGAUACAGAUCCUGAAGGAUUCUGGGAAGGGACCCGAAGCUCGGACCCUCUACGUGUUCCUGGAGAGGCUUGAUUCCUACCAGAAAAAAGUGCUGCAUGCUUGGACCAGGAAGCAAAAGACGCUGGAGCAGGAAAGAAGCCAAUAUCUGCGCAAGAUGGUGUCUUUAUUCAACCAGCUCCGCCGGGAGUACGACCUGAACCUCCACAGCCCGAUCCCCGUGGCGGGCCGCCCAGAAAAGAAACAGCCUGGGGCCCGGCCUUCCCUAAGCCACAGGGCCAAAGCUCCCGCCUCCCGGCCGUCUCGGGAGGGGCCGAAGGCGAGCCGGAAGGAGUCCGACCAGCUGCCCGGAUUCAGUGGUUCCAGGGAGACCAGGAUAGAGUCGCUCUUGCAACAGGAGCUGACCUCGAGCAGGUACCUGAAAGCGGAGGAGAUCCUGGAGGCCUCAGACUGGUCCCAGCUGGGCGGCUACCCCAACAUCCCCAAGCUGCUGGAGCUGGACGUGCACGCCACGCUCCGCAAGUCCAUGGCGUCCAUCCGGGAGCGGUUUAAGGUCCCGCAGCUGAAAAUGAAGAAAUAAACUCAGCAUCUGGGUGGGGCUCUCAGACCCAGGCCUGUUCUCAAUCAAAUGAAUGAUGAUGAUG